AUGUCGAUCAUACCGUACUUCUACGACGUUGCGAGGCCCUUAAGGAUGAUGGAGCGCGAUCUCCUGCAUUCGCCCCUCGUGAUGGCACCGGGCGGUUUCUUCGGCCCCCAGUUCGGCCAGCCGUGGGGCGUGAUGCGCGACCUGGACAGCUUCCUGCGGCCGGUCGAGCAGAUCUCCCGGGAGAUGGAGCAGCUGGCGCUGAACGAGGUCCCAACCAAGAUCAGCUCCGACGCGGAGAGGUUUCAGGUGAACGUGGACGUGCAGCACUUCGCGCCUGAGGAGGUGAGUGUUAAAGUGGCGGACGGGCACGUGGUCGUCGAGGGCAAACACGAGGAGAGGAGGGACCAGCACGGCUACGUGUCCAGGCGGUUCGUGCGGCGGUACGCGCUCCCGCAAGGCUGCCUCCCGGACACUGUCCAGUCGUCGCUGUCUUCCGACGGCAUCCUAACUGUCACCGCGCCCAAAGUCCUCGCAAUGCCCUCGAUCGGCGAGCGAAUUGUGCCGAUCACCCCGACGGGGCCCGUCAAGAAACUGAUCGGAUCUCCGGAGGUCGAAGGCAAAACCGAAGAGCCCAAAGAUACAUCCAAU